AUGGAAACCGUCCACGGCGUUGACGUCAGUUGGCUCCAUCAGCCAAACAGAGAAAGAGGUGCGCUUUCUAAACAUGCUGUAUCUUCCAGCUCGCAUAAUCAACCUGGAACAGAGCACCCUGAGCAUGAGCCCCAUGUCCACCGAGCUCCUGGAGUUGUCGACGACGCACCUCCGCCCGUCUCGUCGCAUGCCCGUUCUCGCUCCGCCUCGCCUGUAGAGUCCAAGAAGGCGCCUCAAUUGCCCUCGAAGACUCCAUCUCCACCCCGAGACGCGACACCAGCCCAGCCUCCGCCUUCAAAUCCUACCGACUCGCCUAAUGCAGCAUCCAAGACUCCGUCCCGUCGACCAAGUAUCUUGAGUCGGUCCUCUUCUCAACGAGACAGCUCUGAUGGUACCAAGAGCUCACGACGAAACUCGUGGAUCUCUAAUAUCAGCUCCAAAUUCUCCUCACAGGCCCCUCCCUCUCCAAGCGUCCCUCAGACUACCAAGUCGCAAGCCAAUGGCACCAACGCUGGUCCUUCGUCGCAAUCUGCGAGAGACAAUCUAGUCACAAGCCCGACGCAAACAACAUCAAAUCGUGAGCCCGAAGAACUACAGCCGUAUGUUCCUCAACGGCCAAAAGAUUCUAACAGUUCCUUCUUCUCAAACCUUACUCGCCGCUUGUCUUCUGGCGCUCAAAAUGCUGGCAACGUUCGUCCUGGUGAGAAUGGUGGCAUGUGCCCACGUCGUGUCCUAAACGUCAACCAGGGUCGCGAGCGUUGUCUUCUUCCUGAGCUAGACUCCGCCAAGCUACGUCGUGUCGCCUUUUCCGUCGAUGUCGAAAUCGCUUCUGGGCCGCGUUACAAAGAUGAUGGUGGUGUGGAUGUGUCGAAACAGAAGAAGACCAAGGACAAGAAGAUGAAGGAACGAGGAGAGGGUGAGGCUCUCAAGAAUCCACAAGCAGUCACCGAACGCAAAGAGCAGUCUGAUGCUGCCGCUGCUUCUACUGACGAUUCUACUGCUGAUGGGUCUGGAGCACCUGAGACAGACCUCGAGACUAGCAACAGGAUUACAGCCUAUGGAGAUAACUUAAGUUUGUCGCCCGAGGACGAUGUUGCACGUAAAGAACGGAAAGAGAAGAAGAGACAGAAGGCCGAGAAUAGUGGACAGGUUCCACGUGAACUAAAUGGCGAUACUUCUCCGACUCAAGGUACUUCGACCAACCCAACACCUACUGUAUCAGGCGCGACGACUCCCAAAGACCGCCCAACAACCGAUCCUGUGAGAAUAUACAGAAGAUGCUGUCAACUCAGGGAGUCGCCUAUUCUCAAGCGUAUCACCGAACAGCUUAUGGCAGAGGAUUGUACUUCGCCUGACGAUCCCGGAACUGUUACACAGCUCAACCUCACCGGAUCUCGUUUACAACUAGCCGACUUUGUAACUUUGAGCGACUGGCUCGCCAUUGUCCCUGUGAAGAGGCUGUUGCUUGAGGAUGCAGACAUCAGCGAUGAGGGUCUGCGCGUCGUUCUUNCUGGCUUGCUUGCCUCAAAGAAGCCUCAACCCACCAGGCGGCGAAAUGGUGCUCGCCAGAUUCCUGCCAAACCAACGGGUGGUAUCGUGGAGAAACUCACUCUCAAGAACAACCCGAGAAUCUCAAAAAUCGGCUGGAAGCACAUCUCGAUCUUCUUGUACAUGUGUCGAUCGAUCAAGGCUCUCGAUGUUUCGAUGCUACACUUCCCUCAAGAACUACCACCAAGCGAGCCUGAUUCAAACAUCAAAGCACCUAGUCAGAUGCCCAAAACAACAGGCAAAUCAGUUGAUGCUGCAGAGACAUUGUGUAGGGCGCUGUCUGGAAGGCUUGGCGGGUCUCGUCUGGAAGAGAUCACCAUGGCAGAAUGCGGGCUUGUGCCUGGUCAGAUUCGAAAGAUCGUUGACGGAGCCACAGUUUGCGGCAUUGCUAGGCUUGGAUUCGCUGGCAACAAGCUCGAUGAUGAAGGUUUCGAGCACAUACUGCAUUACGUACGAUCAGGUGUCUGCCAUGCUCUUGAUCUGGGCAGCAACGAUCUGAGAGGCAAGCUUGGCAAGCUCGCAGAAGCUCUUACACACAACCCCAACUGCCCGGUCUGGGGCCUAAGUCUUGCUGGUUGCAAUCUGGAUACAGAUUCAUUGAGAGAACUCUUGCCCACCUUGACAGCAUUGCAGAACUUCCGCUUCAUCGAUAUCAGCCAUAACAGAAAUUUGUUCGUUGGCGAUGCCUGCACCCUCCAGCUACUUAGAAAGUAUCUACCCAAGCUGGACAACCUGAAGAGAUUGCAUCUUGUAGAUGUUAGUCUCUCGGUGAAGCAGGCCAUAUCGUUGGCUGAGGUAAGAUCAUCUCUUCCAAAUUCUUCAUGGUUGAUGCUGACUUGUAAAAGGNUAUUGCCAGAAGGUGUUUCACUUGCCCAUCUGACUAUACUGGAAAACCCUCAGCUAUCUGCUUUAUCUCAAGCAACUGAUGAGGCUGGCCAAGAGGAGGCUUGCGCCUUGUAUGCUUCGCUGUGCGCCGCUGCACGAGUGUCAAAAUCACUGGUCUGCAUUGAUGUCGAUGUAAGUCACAAAGUUGUCUUUAUAUCUCGCUCCAGCACUGACAGGUGUGAUACAGNNGUUCCUGGCCCUGGUCAAAGCGAGGUAGUCAAGGCCUUGGCGAAGCAGAUAGUUGCAUACUGCCUGCGUAACAUGGACAUGACUAUGGCUCAGUCAUCACUUCUGCCUGCCGCCACUAUGCUAUCCAAGCAACAUGGAGUCGAGGAUGCCAGACAAGCACCAGUUCCAGAUGUGCUGGUCCAUCUUGUUGGACAUCUGGACGGCGAUCAACUUUCAGACGCUAGCGAUGACGAAACAGCACCGGACGACGACUACAUUGUUGGAGGUAACGGUAUAAUCAAAGCACUGGAGUACUUCCUUGGACAAGACCGAUCGGAACAACGUAAUGGUAGCAUAUCGCUUUCGGGAACCACUACACCCCGAGACAUUGGUAAUCCAGCUCAGAGCGAAAUCAAGAGGAAAGGAAAGGCCAAGGAAGUCAGUAGGAACUUGCUUGACAGUGCUCGUAAGCUUCGAAACCGGUUGAAGCCGGCUCUUGCCAAGGAGUUCGCAGCUGGUGAUGAGCUGAAUUACCGUCGUCUGCUCUUCCUCGAUCAGACUUUGAGUGGCAUGAUCGAAAGAUUCGAGGACGAGUUCCCAGAAACGCGCCUUCAUCUGGACAUCCCACCUCACCAGCAAAGCUUUUCUCUGUCAUCUUCACUGGAGUCAACGGAGUCUGGACCACUAUCAAACGACUUUAUGGCAAGCUCUGCUACGACAUUCGGGACCGAGACGUCAGCUGUUGAGUCAGAUCAGGAUGAAGAAAUACAUGCUGGUGGCUCGAUGAGACGCAAAGCAAGCGAUGUCAGUCUGGCUUCAAGAGCACUCGCGAUUGAAGAAGGUCGGAUUCAUCGUCUGGGCCACAAAGUGCGACAAGACAUCAUUGAUGUGCCCACAGCUGUGCAGACGUCCGAGUCAGAUGGGCACGGCGAAUGGGCACCAGGAUCUCACAUGGCAGAGAUUGCUUCAAAGCUGGAGGACAUGUCUGGUCCAGAGCUUCGAGUGCUUGUGGACCAGAAAGGUGGAUGGGAGGGUGUUAUGGAGAAGAUGGGGGCCAACCUGGAGGAGCUCCAGCAGUUGCAGAUGAAAGAUCCUCAGGGAUGGGAACAGUUCAAGGAGAGUCAGCUCAAAGCGCGGGCCAACCGCGGGGCACCGAUCUACCUGUGA